UAAACAAUCAAAUCAAUAUACGGGUUCUUCGAAAAUCUUCAAAAUACUCAAGAAUCCCGCCGAAUCUCCAUCAAAAUUUAACAAAAAUCAAUCUGUGACUAAUCUCACAGCAAAUUUUAAUCUAAAAAUCGUGCAAUAAUUUGAAUUUUCAUCAAAAAUCUUCAUAAAAAUGUCUCCCGAUCCUCCCACAAUCGACUCUGACUCACCCAUCCGCUGUGCAAACAACCUUCAACAUCCCGCCACAAGCGACGAAUCCGAAGACAAUGAAGAACAAAAUCAUCACGAGGGCUACGAACCGCUAAAUAUGAACGAAAAUCUCGUCGACAACACGGAUAAUUCGCUGAUGGAUGUCGAUGAUGACGACGUUGAAGCACCAAAUAGACCUCAAAGCUCCUUCACUGCUGGAUUGGACAUGAUGGAUGAGAUUCAAGACUUGAAUGUCGGUUGCAAAGCAGAGGAAGAACCAAUUAGCGUAGAAGCGGAAGUGAUGGCGGAAGUGUGGAAUCAACCGCGACCCGCAGAACUGAACUUCGAAUUAGACGUGAAUAGCCAAGAAUUGAUAAAAUCCGUGAUGAGUAGUAUUCAGUUGCCUUCAUUGGCGGCACCAACAUGGGCUGCGGGCUUGUCAGACACAGAUUUGAAGGACACGGUGCUGCAAAAGCUGCGAAAAAGAAAUUCUGGACCAAAAACGGGUCAAAGCUCGAAAUCGAAACAAGAUUAG